CCGCGGCCGCUCCUGGGCCGUCCGGGCGCGCUACAGCGUGGUGUCGUGGCGUGCGCCUCCCACGGUGCGCCUGGUCGCCGAUGCCCAGGCUGCACGACCACGUCUGGAGCUACCCAAGAGCCGGCACUGCGAGGCCGUACAGCAUCCCGCGAGGAAUGAUUGCGGCAGCCCACUGUCCGCAGGGGCCCGGAACCCCAGAGCCGGUGCCCCGGGGCCAGCGAGCGGGAACGGCGGGAUGCAGCGCGCGGCCCGGCAGCUGGCACCACGACCUGGUGCAGCGGAGCCUCGUGCUCUUUUCUUUCGGCGUGGUCCUGGCCCUGGUGCUUAACCUGCUGCAGAUCCAGCGGAAUGUCACGCUCUUCCCCGACGAGGUGAUCGCCACCAUCUUCUCCUCCGCCUGGUGGGUGCCCCCGUGCUGUGGCACGGCAGCUGCUGUUGUCGGCUUACUGUACCCCUGUAUUGACAGUCACCUGGGAGAACCGCACAAGUUCAAGAGAGAGUGGGCCAGUGUCAUGCGCUGUAUUGCCGUGUUCGUUGGCAUCAACCACGCCAGUGCCAAAUUGGAUUUUGCCAAUAAUGUCCAGCUGUCCUUGACUUUAGCAGCCCUUUCUUUGGGCCUGUGGUGGACAUUUGAUCGCUCCCGAAGCGGCCUUGGGCUUGGAAUCACCAUCGCCUUCCUAGCUACGCUGAUCACUCAGUUUCUUGUGUAUAAUGGUGUCUACCAGUACACAUCCCCAGAUUUCCUCUAUAUUCGUUCUUGGCUCCCGUGUAUAUUUUUCUCAGGAGGCGUCACAGUGGGAAACAUAGGACGACAGUUAGCUAUGGGUGUUCCAGAAAAGCCUCACAGUGACUGAGCUUCGGCAUGUGGUUCAGAGCGGAAGCAGGAUGCGGAGACACUGGUCCUGGGUGUGAUGAAGACGAUCUUUUCCUCAAAGUUCCAUUUAGCCUGGGCUGACGAUAAAUGACUCCUGAAGAAGUGUUCACUUAGUCUAGACUAGUAAAUGGAGGCAAGGACUGCUUACCUAAAAGUCUUACCUCACCCACCCUCACGCGGUCUGCACCUGGAACAGUCCAGCCCAGGCUGUAUGUGAGCGAGGGGUAGGGGGCCCAGUUUCCAGAGUAUUAGAUUUCAUUCAUCAUUCAAAGCAAAAUGCCAUAUUUCAAAGCCUUGAAUCAAAAUGAAUCCAACUAGCAGUUUUGUGUCAGUGCCCAAAGGUUGAUGGUGCUUAACAGAUAAAUUAUCUGCAGUAAGAAUAUUUACUCAGAAUUAAAAUAUAGGGUUGUGUGAAGGGAGUAAAGAGAAUAGGGAGUUGGAAGACGGUCACUCUCCCCGUGGCUCCCAGGCAGCCACAUCUCCAGGUCACGCUCAGGCAUGCGCUCCUGUGGGUCUCACCAGCGUGGAGCUUUGCUUUCACUGCCAGAGAUUGGUAGACAAUCUUACUGAAAGCCAGGGGCAGCGCAAAUGCAUGAUUCUGCACUGUGAUGCUGGACUUUUCACCUCAGUUUAAAGGAAGUUUUAUCUAAGAGCUGGACCAUCUAAGAGCGAGUAGCUGUCUACGCUGUUUCAGUCAUAAUGAGCCGAAAUUGUGUCUCUUGUCACUCCAGAGUGGAGAGGACUUUUCCACAGCCCUAUGGAGCUUGCAAUCUGUGAUUGCUUGUAAAAGGUUAAGUGUGCACAUCACCGUGUUAAGCACGCGGUGUCCUGUAUGCUUUGGAUGGCAUAGAACACGUGGGACCUAACUUGCAAGUAUUGGGUCUUCGACUUCAAGUGCAAUGUGUAUGAAAACCAAUCUGAGCCUUGUAUUCUCUUAAAUAUUUAUUUCUUUUUUUUUUUUUUUUUUUUUUUUUUUUUAACCACGUGAGCUGUUCCAGGGAAGGGUUCUCGGGUCAUUUCAGGGCUUCAUGGAGGCGAGCUCAGCAAUACUGGUGUCAGUUGUGACUCUCCCUUAGUCACACCCUCCAUGGGGCCCUAGUCCUCUGAUGUACUCCAGUUUUGUGAGUUUAGUAAUUUUUACUUACAAAUGUACCCUUUUUUGUAUUCCAAAAUGUGAGUGUUUUUUGGUUUGUUUUAAAAUCUGUGGAACUGACUGGAAGCAGUAGUCAGUCCUCAGGCAGAGUGGAAGCCCUGUGCCUUCUGGACACCUGGGCUUGGGUUGGCUCACGCGGUGAUCCUCAUUGGGGUUUUGCUUAUUUUGUUUUGAGGAAAAACGUUGGAGUAAACCUUGGUUUUCUAAAAUGGGUUGCUCUGGACUUUGGAACGAUCCUUAAAAUUUCCUGGAAAUGAAAACAAAUGAUUGGCCGUCUGAAGGCAUUCUUUAGCUAAGACUUCAUUGUCUUACAAAAGCCACAAGUGACUAGAAGAAAAGCAAGUGAUCUUGGCAAUGUACUUGAUCGAAUACAAUGAGUAUUUCUUUUCCUCUUAAACUGGAAAUAAAUCUGUUAGAAAUAAUGUAGGAGAAAAAAAAGGUGAAUCGAAAGGAUGUUUUUGCCAAUAGUUUUAUAGCAGUUACAUUGAACCAAAGUGAUUUGAGUUUGUAAAAAUGGUAACUAGUACCAGCCACACUCACUGUCCCUGAUCUGAACACCCAGUGAGGUUCACGUCCAUGCUAAGUUUGCAGCAUCGUGUUCUUUUUGCAUUCUUUUUUUUUUUUUUUUUUUUUUUUACUUUUAUUAAAGGUUCAAAAUCA